CAUCAAAUCAUGUGGCUUCCAACAGCUGAUGCAAUGUUUCAAGUACAAAGCGGUGGCCGCAGCUGGCCCCUGUUCGCACUCGGGACUGUCAGCGAGCUGGGGUGGGAGGGGGAAGGAAAGGAAGAGGAAGAAGUGGCUGUGGCUCCUGGUCCGGGACACUGCGGGGCGCAUAACUGAGCAGUGAUGGUGAUGAUGUACGUUCAGACUUUAGGAGGCACAAGUCCUUACAGCACAAGGACGAGUCCUGCCGGCGAUCCGGAGGAUGGUGUGGUCCAGUUGAUGAAGAAACUCCUUCACCACAGCUUCGCUGGCGAAGCAGUAACACAUUCAAAGAAGAUAAAGCCUGGUGAAAACCCCUUUGAGAGACAUUACAACGUCGAAAAUGACCGCUUGAUUCCUACUUCAGAUACAUAUUUCGUGAAUCAAUCUGGCAAUGAUUUUAUUUUUCUGGAGGAACUUCUAGAAGAGAGGACCUGCCAGCAUCUUGCAAAGCAGAUAGAGCAAUGCCUGUCCACUUCUAAGAAAUCCCAAUUGCACUGCCAGGAGCUCUUGAUCCCUCAGUAUAUGAGCCUAAGAAUCGCACAGGAUGUACUUCGAAUGGCUGCCAGUGAGCCCUGUGGGCUGCGUGGUGCUGUGAUCUAUGUUAACCUGGAACAUGAGAACACAAACAAGAAACUGGGGAAAAUAGUGUAUGAUAGCACUGUCAUUCCUACCUUUGAAUUGACUCUUGUCUUUAAACAAGAUAACAACUCGUGGCCCAGUCUAAGGGAUUUAUUUUCCAUAGGGACUUGUUUCAUACAUGCAUCAAGGAGGGUAUUGAAGCUUAGCCCAGGCUUCAGAUUAGUCAAAAGAAAAUUGUAUUCUUCUGUAGGACCAAUUGUCGAAGAAUGCUAAUUGAGGGCCAAGCUAGAUCUAAGAAGUAAUUUCUGUGGUGAGAAUUCUGACCUGUCAUUUAUUAAGGCAUAAUGCUUGCUAUUAAGCCUGGAAGAGAAGUUUUACUGUAAAUAUUCUCAUGCACAAAAUACUACAGUUUCUUACAAUGAAUGUUAAUAACUUGAAUUUUACUAACAUUUUUGAAGAUUUGGGAUGCUGAAAUGACUGGUGAAGGAUGCAGAGGAUGCACAAUAGAAGUUCAUAUUAUUGUUCUAUUCGCAUUGUGUCUUCCUUCUGCAACUGUCAGAGGUAGAUAUUUUUAUUUAUGUUUGAGGAACAUUGAAAGCAUGUGGUGAUGGUACAGAGGAUGCAAAGUGCAUGAGGGAAAAUCCAGGGAAAAGAGAUGAAGAUUAUGAAAUGUGUAUAAACCUUUCAUCAGGAAGAGGCAAUUAAGGACAAUGAAUCGAACACUACUAAGCUGUUAAAUUGAGCAAUGGGUACUAGGUUAAAAUGGAAUUUAAAGGUCUGCAUUUUUUUUUUUUUUACUUUACUGAUGUUCAGUAUUCCAUGUUUGCACAUUUUUGCACUGUAUUUGACUGCACUGUUCAAUUGAACAAUUUUGUACUUUGUAUGGGCACGCUGGACUUGCUCUCAAGUAGUAAUGUUACAUUUGUACGAAUAGUGCACGCUUCCCAGAAUGGAUGCAAUGUACUGGCAACUGCUAGCUUCAUCUACUACAGUGCUAUGAUUGAGUUCUUGUUAAAGUGGUAAGAGUGUCCAAUUGUAAACUCAUUGGAAAUGUUGGAAAUAAACUUUAUAAAAAAUAA